GCCCCACCCGGAGCCCCCCGGGGCGCCCCGCUCCUCCCUCCCAGCGCCCCGGGGGGUCGCUGCGCUCCACCCGAUCUCCUGGGCGACACGGCGGGUCCCGGGGAGAGCGGUGGCCUCGUCCCUGCGAGGGACGAGCGCAGGUUCGGGAAGAUCUGGUUUCCUCCUGUUCGGUCCCGGUGGUGGGGAGAAGGAGCAGGAGCGGGCGGAAUGUUCUUCCUCUUCCGCGGGCCGCAGCGGCGCGGCGCUGGCAGCCCCGCGCCCCCCAUCUGCCGGGGCACCCCCCGGCACCACGGCCCCGGCCGGAGGGGUGCCCGCGGCUCCCGCCCGGCCCCUCGGCUCAGGCGUCCCGGCAGCGCCGGCACUGCUGGGAGCCGGGGAAGAUUAAGCCGUAGUGGUGCGUCCCCCGUGGAGCGUCAGUGGGCUGCCGAAGAGCCGGGGUCCCGGCCGCCCCCUGCUUUUGGGCAGGAUGGGAAGCCGCGCUCGGGCGCUCCAGGCUCCGGCGCAGGGGACCCCGAGGACGUGCUGGACGCGGCGCAAACCCCCCCGAUGCAGGGAUACUCGGUGCUGCAGGGCUUGGUGGGGCCGGCCUGCAUCUUCCUGCGGCAGAGCAUCGCCAUCACCCAACGGGACCGGGAGCUGCGGCCCGAGGAGAUUGAAGAGCUGAAGCAGGCGUUCCGGGAGUUUGACAAGGACCACGAUGGCUACAUCAGCUACAAGGACCUGGGCGAGUGCAUGCGGACCAUGGGUUACAUGCCCACGGAGAUGGAGCUCAUCGAGCUGUCCCAGCAGAUCACCGGGGGCAAGGUGGAUUUUGAUGAUUUCGUGGAGCUGAUGGGCCCCAAGAUGCUGGCGGAGACGGCGGAUAUGAUUGGGAUCAAGGAGCUGCGUGAUGCCUUCCGUGAGUUUGACACCAAUGGGGACGGACAGAUCAGCAUGGCAGAGCUGCGGGAGGCCAUGCGCAAGCUCCUGGGGCAGCAGCUCAACUAUCGGGAGGUGGAUGAGAUCCUCAAGGACGUGGAUCUCAAUGGCGAUGGCCUGGUGGACUUUGAAGGUAGGAGCAGGGAAAGGGCCAGGAGAGCCUCCAGGGACAGCUGGGAUGUUCCAUGUGUGUUUUCCUCUGGCAGAGUUUGUGCGGAUGAUGUCGCGCUGAGAGCCGUAUCUUCCAAUGCGGGACCCAAGCCCCCCGUGCCUUACGAAGAGGAGGGGGCCACAGAGGGACCCCCAGGUCCAGGGGCUGGGGCAGUGCUGGCACAGCGGUGCCUAUGCCUGGGGUGAGGCCGGGUGCCGGACCUGCUCCGAU